UCACCCUGUAACAGGCAGAGCUAAGCUGGUUGGUAUUGGUGGGAGCAGGAAGGUGGCAGAGGAGCUGGGUGCUGCCCUGGGAGCUACCUCUGAUUGAUCACUGCCCAUUUGACACCCGGGGUUGCUGUGAGGAGGAUGCAGCCACUGGCCUUAUCCCAGCAGGAGGCUGGGAACAUAUUGCACUUGCCAGGUCUCCAAGAUAACAUUCCUAUUCUUGUCACCUUCCUUCUCUGCUGGGAAUCGAUAACAAAACUCACUGGGAGUUCAGGGACUAUUUUCCAAGACUUGCCAGGGCCUGUGACUCAGGUGGCUGCUUCUGUCCUAUUGCUGUACGUGCACUGGCUCCCAGCCUUGAUGCUGCUGGGGAGUGGGGUGUGGGGUCUGGACCCUGGUUUUGCAACCAGUGGGUUGUCAAAACCACAUCUGCUAUCAAGGGGCUGGCUCUGGGGGUGGGGGACUGCUGUGGGACACAGGAGAUGGCUUCUUGCAGCCAAGAAGUAAAGCCCUGGGGGUUUCUAUCCCCCAACAGCUAAGCUAUUAUCCUCCCCCAGCUGGGACACCCAGGAGACAACACCCAGGCUCUCCCAGCCACUGUUGUACUCAAUCUCGUGGGGGCUUCAGCCACCUUCCUCAUAUGCCUGAUCCCAAAGCAUCGGGGAGCAAACCAGCCUGUUCAGAAUCCUGUGAUACUCAGCCAGCGCCCCAUGUGCUGGACAUUGGGGAGGCCAGCUGGGCCCCCCCAUCUCUGUCGAGCCCAUUGAUGCUCCCCCAGGGGCGGGGCGAGGAUCCCCGGGUGCAGGCGACACAGAGCACAGGGGCCAUGGAGUGCUGGGGACUCCAGCAUGUUCAGGGGGCUCGGGGACAUGGUGGCACAGGACCCAUCAACACGCAUCAGCGUCCAGAGCCCCUGGGAAGCCCUGCCUGGAUCCUCCUGCUCUGCUGGGGCCUGGUUGCUUGCUGCACAGGUGCCAUGGCCUUGCAGCCGCCCAGCAUCACCACCCUGCGGAUGCCAGCAGAGCUUCCUCGCUCAGGUGAGAGUGUGACUGUGUCAUGUGAAGCAUUGAGUGAGCUUCCAGAGAUGACGCUGCUCUACUGGCUGGAGAAUGGCUUCUUUGUGGAGAGCCUGCACCCGGAUGGGUCUGUGCAUGAGGGGACAGUGCAGCAUUGGGAUUGAUAACCCAACUGAAGUGCAUCUGCCCCAGUGCCUGCAGCAUGGGCAGCAAACAGGAGAUCCUGGAAGACAUGUUGCAUGAGGAAAACCAUCGCAUAGUGCCAUCAAAAAGACAUGGUGGGAUGAUUGGCACCACUGAAAUGGUGCAGUGGUUGGUGGUGAAUUCUUCAGAAGGGACAGGCAAGGAAUGAGACUGGAAUGGUGCAAUGAAUGGUGGUGAACUCUUCAGAAGGGACAGGCAAGGAAGGAGAGGGAGUGUUUUGACUGUCUAGAGCUUGACAGUGAUGAUGCAAGUGUCGAGAGUUGGUGGGUAAGAAUUGUGGGGAAUGCCAGCAUGGCAGAUAUCCAGGUGGGAGCUGGGUACAGAUCACUCAAACAAGGACCAAGAGGCAGACAAGAAGUCUCAUGAUGGCCAGCCCUUGUCUUCAUGGGGGCUUCAACGCACUAGACGUCUGCUGAAAAUACAAUCCAGCACAGAGGAGUGACUUCAGGAGGUUUCUGGAUAUUACUGUACAAGCUGAUUUGUACUGGGCAAUUAAUUCAGCUAUAAAUAAGAUACCAAGCUGGCUCCAUAAAACCAGCCCUUGAGUUGAGUGACAGGAACCUCAACCAAUUAUGUUCCCUCCUAAGCUGCCAACAUCUCACUUGUCCAGGAGCUGGGCAGUGUAAAAGAUCAGACCAAUGAGUUAUCCAGACUGGGUUUUUCAAAUUGCCUUUAUAAAGAGGAGUUUGAAGAAUAAACUUGCUCUUUUGCCACAUGAA